GGCAGUGUAUUAAAACAAGUGUUGCUGUAGACGAAGGGACUUUGAUUAUUUAUUUUGCUUAGCUCGGUUCUGCUCGGAAAUUCGUUUCAUAAUCGACAGUUUUCAAUUGAAUGCAAUACGCAUAACGAAACACAGCAGCAGCUACGUUUUUAGUACAAUAUAAUCCACAAUCUGGAAAAGCAAAAUUACUUGUCUAAAGAAAAUCAUUCCAGAGGGGAGACGAAGAAGUAAGUGACCGUGGAAGUCUACAUACACUACACAACAAAAAGUACGGCUGCCUCUGCCCCAUUUGCAUACUUUUCCUCUGCCUAACGCUGACGAAUCACAAGCCCACAAACACUUGUCGCUGCUGCAGUCGCUGUCAUUGCUGUUGUUGUUGUUUUUGUUGAAAAUCGUGCAUAGCAAUUAGCAACGCGUUGUAGAAAGUGCCCGGGAACGGGGAGGGUUCAACUAUGGAUGAUACAACAGCCACAACGCCGUCGCCGUCGUCAGCGGCUACGGCCGCUGGUUAUGAUGCUGCGAGAGACAAAACAGACACUGGCGUCGCUGUCGCUGCCUCUGCCGCCGCUAGCAGCAGCAGCAGCAGCGUUAGACUUUUAAUAAAAUCGUCAAAUCAACAAUACGAUGACAUGAACAUCGAGAGUGAUCUCUGCUGGACGGUGGAGAGGCUCAAGAAGCAGCUAUCUGUGGUGUAUCCCGGCAAGCCAGAAAUUAAAGAUCAAAAGCUCAUCUAUUCCGGCAAACUGGUGAGCGAUGCACAGAAAUUGUCGGAGGUAAUACGCAGCUAUAAGGAUGUCUAUCAGCAACAUCACAUCUUUCACUUGGUUUGCGUCAACAAGAAUAUAAACAAGUUGCCGUAUAAGACUACACCGCCAGCGAAGGACAACAAUAUCAAUGCCAAUGCUAAUGCCAAUGGCAAUACCAAUGCCAAUGCUACCCCGCCACGUCUGGAGACCAAUACCAAUGACAAUGAGCUUAGACAACGUCAUGUGACAACUGCGGCCGCUGCUCAACUUCCUUAUCAACAACAACAUCAACAACAACAACAGAUGCCGUUUUUACAGCAACCAAAUGCCGCAUACACUUGGAUGCAGUUCUUGCAACGAUCCGAUCUACAAAAUCAGGCUUAUCAAAUGGCUGCUCAUCAAGCGGCAACUGCAUCCGCGUCCGCAUCCAUCAAUACUCACAUGACGUUCGAGCAGCAACAGGCGAUGCUGACCAAUGCUUGGAUACAACAGUACUAUGCUUUAUAUAUGCAACAAGUGAUGCAACGCACUAGCGGCAAUCAGAAUGCUGCACCAUCUGUACCAAUGCUGCAUCCGUUGUUGCAAAACUUGCCUGUGAUACCAAACAACUUGAGUGUGCCACUUGUGGGACAACAGGGUGUUCCUGUGGCGGCGGCAGCUGCCGCUGGACCGGCACAGGCCAAUGAGGCGGCUGUGGUACAACAACAACAACAACCAGCUGCGCGUCAAGUGGAUGGUCCCAAUUUUCCUAAUAUCCAAGAGGAGCCGGAGAUGCGCGAUUGGCUGGACAGUUUCUUUAGCUUUACACGUUUGGCCAUCUUUGUGACUGUAUUGUAUUUCAACUCGUCUCCCAUGCGUUGUCUUCUGGUGCUGCUCAUUGCCACGGUCAUUUAUCUCUAUCAUAUUGGUGUGUUGCGUCGACGUCGAGAGCGUAACAACAACAACAUCAAUCGGAAUAAUAAUGCUGGCAAUGAUGUGGCUGCCAUUGCUGCAGUGCAGCAAAUCCAACGCAUGAUGGACGCUGCUGUUGAGCACGACAAUAAUCCGCAAGCUGCUGCUGAACCGGCACCAGUUGCCGCUGCUGCUGCUGCUGAUGCUGCUCAACCUGCUGCUGUUGCUGGACAAGAUGCGAUUGACGCUACACCCGCAAGUGCUGGGGCGAAUCAAGCUGAUGCCGCUGUGGCCGCCGCCGAGGCUGUUGUCGUUGAGCCGGCAAAUGCCAAUAACUCUGUGAUUUCCAUAGUGCGCACUUUUGUCAUAACGUUCUUCACAUCGCUGCUGCCAGAGGCGCCAGCGCUGUAAAUUCAACCAUGACCAAUUGCGUCGCAUCCUUUGUGGCCUCUAGAUUUCCAAACAAUAGUCCCCCCCACCCCCUAACAAUUAAAUGUUAUCAUUUUGCAUACCUGAAUUUUUGCAAUAUCUGUUUAUCUAGCUAUAAAAUGAAUUAUUGUAUAUUUAUACUUAUCAUGUCUGUGUGUGUUUCUCGGUGCCUGGGUCCUAGCCCUGCGCUUCCCCCUUACGCCAUAGAUCUAACCUCCCCUUGUAGCUUUAGUGUAUUUUUUUAGUGAUAAGGAAAUUUGUUUUUGAUGUGAAUAAUAACUACACAAGCUAUAGUUGGUAGACAAAACUAUGAAAACCGAUGAAUUGCAAUUAUAAAUAAAACGACAAAAAAAAACUAUACUUAAAACCAAAA